AUGUUUCUCAUCAACAUCGUCCGGAUCCUCGUGACGAAGCUGCGGGCGAGCGACGCUCAAGUCAGGGGGAAAAAAAACAAAUCUCCAGCAAUUAGAGCUCCUUCCCCCCUCUCCCCUCCCUUCGCCCUCUCCUACAGGAAGGCGAUCAAGGCGACGGUGGUGCUGUUCCCUCUCCUGGGCACCACCAACCUCCUGUUCGCCGUCAACCCGGGGGACAAGGGCGAGGGCGCCUACAUGGUGACCAACGCGCCUCCUUCAGUCCUCGCAGGUGGGUGGGGCGCGGCGCUCAGUCACCGCCUGGCUUGGCCUAUUAUUGGCGUGUUCGUGUCGGUGCUGUACUGCUUCCUCAACACGGAGGUGCGGAAGGUUGUGCAGAAGCGCUGGCGCCAGCACCGCCUGCGCCGCCUGGGCUACCCUGACUCCGAGCGCCGCAAGAGCACGAAGAGCACCAUCAUCCUGCCCUCGACCUUCUCCUUCCGACGCCCCACGAGCCACAACAUCAACCUGCAGCUCCCCCCUUCGCCUCGACCCACCUCCCCGCAGUCGUCCUCCGUCGUGCAGGCCCACGUCAGCGCCCACGCCCACCAGGCCUCCUUCCCGGUCGCCUCGCAGCCGCCCGCGUACCUCGCCAUCUCGCUGCACUCGCCCUCGUCCUCGUCCUCCUCCUCGCGCCCGCCUUGCGCCUUCGCCCUCGCCACUCACACGUCGCCCUCGGGAGUCUUCGAGCCCCUCGCCCUCGACUCCUUCCCCUCGAGGCUCUGCCCCUCGCCCACGCAGACGCUCACGCCCUCCAUGCAGCUCCCUUACCUCCCCCCUGCCUCCGCCCUCCGCCACGCCCCUUCCGACGCCUCCUCCCUUAACCACGCCCCCUUCGACGCCUACCCCUCCGACGCGUGCCCCUCGCCCCUCUCCAGCACCCAGCAGAGCCUCGAGACGUCGCUCCUGUAGAAGGACCGAGACCUCGCGACACUCUGCCGGCGCCCUGGCUAAUGGCCCUCCACAUGGACAGCCUCUCGCGCCGUGUGGACGACCGUCAGCUCGAAGGUGGAGAGGAAGUGGAUUCAACUGGAUUACAGGGAUUACUAGAUGUGUAAGCUUCAUGUAAACCUCUUGAGAAAAAAUAUAAACACGUGACUCGAAUGUAAUAAUAAAUGACACCAACAUGUGUAGAAAAAAAAAAAUAUAUUAAGUAAUUAAAUAUUUGAAAAAAAGUGAUCAAGAUAAACAAAACAGUGAAAUAAAACACAUUAAAAUGAUUAACGAGACUAGUUCCCGUGAAAAAAAACAUCAAAAUGUGUCCAAAAAGAAUGUUAUUGGAUACAGAAAUAUUUUUUUUUAAAAAGUGACGAAGAUAAAACAAACUGACGAUAAAAUAAUAGGAAUAAUAAUAAUAAUAAAAAAAACACCGAAAAGUCUAAAAAAAAAAUAUAUAUACAUUAUCCUAGUCAGUAUCUGACAGAUCGAAAAGUUAUAUAUAUGUAUAAAAAAAACAUUAAAAACUAAAAAAAAAAAAAAAAAAUGGAAAAUGCUUCCAAACUCUAAUAAAUAAAAACAUAGGAGAGAUUAGCAUUUAUUUAAUUGCUUUUUUGAACUAAUGUCUUGUGGGGGAGACAUGAACUCGACUAAAUAUCUUUGGCCAUUUUAAAAAUAUUAUUUAUCUGAUAUUAGCUAAUGUACCUGUAUUUGUAGUCUCUAGUACUGUGAAUGUCUAUACAGUAAAAUAUUUUAUAUACUUUGUGCUUGUACAUUAAUGUGAAAAGGAACUAUAUUUGUUCUCAUAAUA